GUGACUUUCUGGCUAGCCUUAGAGGCCGCCUGCUCUGGUCAGACUCAUGGCGCCCCGGGCCCUGCUGCCCGUCCUGCUGCUCUGUGUGCUGCUGCUGCAGGCCCAGGGAGGGCCCCGCGACCGCAGGAGAGCGCAGAAACCACAGCACGCCCUAGAAAUCAAAGUCUGUGAGAAGAGGACUAAUAUAUAUAUGUGCAAACGCCAAUGUACAGUUGACAAAGAAUGUCAAGCAAAUAACAUAUGCUGUUCUACCUACUGCGGGAACGUUUGCAUGAGCCUCCUGUGAGAGGGUGGGUGGGAGGCCGGCCAGCUGCGCCUCCUUGCUCCUUCCCGCCCUCCAGCAGAGACCAGGCCCCUCCACGGAAGCACGAGGACCACACACACACCCUGGCCCAGGAAUGCCACCCUCCUCGCCGCCUGCGCUACUCGUCUCUGUCAAAUAAACCAGUGCAA